CCCGCCUUCCUCUCGCGCUCUCUCUCCCACCCUUUUUCUUGGGCUGUGUCAAGCGGCGGCCACCAACGUGGAGAGCGGAAGCCGCCCGGCCGUCUCCCAACGGGCGAAGGCAGAAGGCAGCGCGCGGGCGGCCGCGGCGUCGGACGAGACCACCCGCCGCAAGAAGCCGGGGGGGGGCCGAGCGGAGGGCAGGAGCACGUGAGGCUGGGUGUUGCCGCCGGGGCUUCACCUGUGAAGGGGUCGCUUGCUCACCCUCCCCUCCCAGCCCGCGGGGCGUUGGAGCAGCCCAACCGCCCGUCGCGAGGACCAGGCGACCCCUCGGCCGGUCACAACCGGUUUGAACCGGAGACGAAGGAGGCGCUGCCGCCGCCAUGGCCGAGACUGAGGAGCGGAGCUUGGACGACUUCUUCGCCAAGCGAGACAAGAAGAAGCGGAAAGAGAAGAGCAGCCGGACAACCGCCGCCACUGCCGCUUCUUCGGCAGUCUCGUCCAACGCCGCCGCCGCCGCCGCCUCCGCAGCUGCCGCCGGAGGGGUGGGGGGCAGCCGGCAGAGCGAAGGAGGUUCAGGGGCGGCUGUGGGCGCCAACACGGCCGCCUCCGCCGCUGCUGCUACGAAAGCGGGGAACAAGGAAGAGGAUGACUGGAAGGAGUUUGAGCAGGAAGAAAUUGACUAUAGCGGUCUCAGGGUCCAGUCCAUGCAAAUAAGUGAAAAAGAUGAUGAUGAAGGUGAAAAGAGAGAAGAACCAAGGGAUUAUAGUGAAGAACCUGGUAGUGGUGUGGAUAAAUCAUCUGGCCCAUGGAAUAGGUCUUCUACUGCACAAACAACCCCUGUUGUUGAAACAGUUGAAAGCCCAGAGCCUGUCCAGUCCAGUGGGGUAUAUAGGCCACCUGGUGCUAGAGAAACCAGGACACGAAAAGCACCGCAAGGACCCCCAGAAAUCUAUAGUGAUACACAGUUUCCAUCGUUGCAGUCCACUGCCAAGCAUGUAGAUACCAGAAAGGAUAAAGAAAUGGAGAAGAGCUUUGAAGUAGUAAAACACAAAAAUAGAGGUAGGGAUGAGGUUUCAAAAACCCAGGCUACUAAACUUCACUUAGACAACCAAUAUGCUGUGCUUGGUGAUCAGUAAAGCUGCACACACAUUACAAUUAAGGAAUGGUUGUUUGAUACCCUUCCAUUCUAAGGUAACUAAACUACAGCUAUAAUGAACCUGCCGUCUCAUUUCUACUGGAUCUACUGCAACAAGUGCAGACUACUUUGACGUAGGUGAUUGGUUCUUCUGCACUGUGGAAGUAUGCUUAAUAUGGUACACCUGAUUUCUUCCUUGGAUGUAAGAGAUUAAUGUAAGUGGUCGAACAAGAGUCCCCAGUAUUUUGAUUACUCUGCAAAGCUAUAUGCAGCCAGUGGUUAUUUCAAAUCUUUUUAUGUUCAGAUACUGAGCCUUCGUAAGGGUUGACUACCUCAGACUUGCUGCACUCAUUGUGGACACCAUGUGGAUCACAACUUCUGGAAAAGGUUACAACUCUUUAGUGGCCAUCUGAAACUCGAAACCAGCUCUACUGGAUUCCUCUCAGAAAUCCUGCAGAAGUCAGCCAUCUGGGUUCUGAUUUACUAUACAUAACAAAUUGAAGUGACCUUAAAUGAACAACUUGUCCUGUGCCCCCACUUACUACAUCCUCUCAUAUGUAGCCAUAACUGACUAGAAACCUCUAGUAUAUACCAUUUUCAGAAAUAUUCAGUGUACUGUUGAGCUGUAGUUUGUUUACCUUAGUUUGAUUUUAAGUUAUCAGAAAAUACACAACCAGAUAGAAAAUGUAGGGACACUAGUCUGCAUAUUAGCUUUUUUCAACUAUGUAAACUCUUCUUUUAAAAAAUACGCCUUUUCUGGCUUGAGAAAUUGCAAUAUAGUCAAGUAGCAGCAUGGAAUAUGCAGACUAUUCAUACUUUUUUUUUUCUUCUAUGGGGUUCAAGGUAUGAGGAUUUCUGUAGGUUUGCCUUCAGUGGCCAGAAAUGUCUGUGCUCCCUUAGCAUCUGGAGCUUCUUUUGAAAAAACAAACAAACAUGUGCCAUAUACUUAGUUUUAACUUUGUAUUAUGGCAGGUAACAGCUGUUGAUCGCACACUAUUGUGUUUGCAAAAUGAAAGUAACUACAUGUCAAGUGAAAAUGUAUUUUGUCGUGGCUUCUUAUUGGUUGAAAUUUGGAAAUAUUUCGGAAUAAGAUGUUGCAUUUACAGCAUUUUUUUCCUCUGCUGCCCAAAGAGUUAGUGAUGACUUCAGUUGUGGGUCAGUCUUCUGACCUGCUAUGUCCAUUUAUUUGGAGAGAAGCUAGUAUAAUAGUACUUUGUGCUAAGAUUCAUGCUAUAUUGUACUGUGUGAUAUUGACAGUGGGUAGAAAGUUCUAAAUCCUAAAGAUGUUCCUGCAUUAAAGGAAAGUAAUCCUAUUUAAUUUUUCCUCGCAUCCAAAAUUUGGUGUGGCUGAUACUGAUAUUGUCUCUUUGGAACUGAUUAUUGGCAUUGGUGUCAAAUCAUUGGUUUGUUGAAGAACCAGUUGUUUUCUCUAUCUCAGUGCUUACGAGAACAGCAUUGGCCAUAUCCUUGUCAAGAAUUGUUCACCAUAACCAAAAUGGCUUCUAAAUAGUUGCAUUUUUAUAUAGAUAAAAGGUACCAAAGCCAGGUUUCUGGGUGCUCAGAUCACUGGACGUAAACCUACAGCUGACACCAUUGAACCAUAUAUAUUUCCUGAAAAUGUAUUUGCCAACAAAACAUUAGCAGGAUAGUCAAGCUGAAGAACUAAGAUUAUGUGGAUUUGUAUGUCAUUUAAUGGCAUAGCGGAAACAUGAAAUUUUAAAUGUCAGCUUUGGCAUUUUAUUGAGGUUAUUACACAGGAAUCAAGUUUUAAUAUACUAUGAUAGGGUAGAUGAAGCUGUCCUUUGUAUCUUCACUUGAGUUCUCGGGCAUGGUUGGCAGAGCAAGAAAACAUUGUAACAUUAAUAAAUAUAAUAAAUGGAAGUGUACAUGAAUUCUGGAGUCUAAUGAAUCUUUACAUGUAGUUAUGAUAUCAUGCAUCAUUAAUCAUGAGAAAAUUGAUGUAUGAUCAUUGAGUUGAAACUUGAGACUGCAAUCCUAUGCAGGUUACUUACCCCCAAGUUCCACUGACCUCCGAGUACACGUGCGUAGAUGUGGACAUUCAAUCCUCAGCCAUUCACUGUUGAUAAUUAUGAGUGUCCAUCCCUUCAGUUAGUUUGGAAAAUCUGGUCAUUGUCUACCUCACCCUGCAUAUAUUGCCCCUAGCAAACAGAUUAAAGUGAAAUUGAAAAUGAUUUCCUGCUCUUGGUGAGGGAGCAGCGCUGUUGAGGUUGGCAGUCGUUGUUGGUCCUUGAUGGUCCAUAUUAAAUUUCUUGUAACCUUAGAUUUUGGGGCUUUUUUCAAGUGUAAGAUUUUUUUCACAUUGAAGAACAUAGGCAUUGAAAAAGUCAUUCCAUUGUCUAUUUUAAAGUCACCAAAUAGCUUGGGUAAACAAAAUACAAUUCCAAAUUUGGAAAAAAGUACAGCAUGUCAUGCCUUCUACACCACUGAAUUAUAUAACAAUUAAAAUUUGCCUAUUUUGGGAUUUAGUAUUGUCCUACUGGCUUGUUAGACAUAUGCAUUCUUAGGGGCUCAGUAAAUAAUUCAUAUGAAAUGUUUUUCUUCAUAGCUGAGGUUUCUGCAUCUUAACAUACCUAGCUACUUUCCCCAUAACAAAUUCUGCAGAAUAAUUUACUAAAAUGGGCCUAUAAGGAAAGUGAUCUCCCUCUUCCACUAGAGCUUGCUGUGCUCCUAGGAUUCAGUGGAGCUUUCAGAGGUGGUGCACAGUUGCAGUGGGUGGGUGGAAUUAGUGAAAAUUAUCUUUCCUGUUUUGUCUGGCAGUGCCUUCCAUCAGCAGAAAACAUAGGUAAUACCCAAGCCAAUGUUUCAGCAGAAACUAUCUGAAGUUCAGUAUAACCCUAAUCAGGUUUAAAAAAAACUCUGCUAGGGUUCAGUAAUUAUCAGUCAAGUGAGGUGUACGUAUAAUCUGUAAUUCUGGUAACUAGAGGAAUGUGGUGGAGUUUUUAUUCCACAAAAGGUUGUUCAUUCUUAAUUGGAGGUAAAGGCAUCUCAGGGAAGGAGCAUUCAUUCUGAGAGCACUAGGAGUGUCUGCAAGGCCUUUGCAUCUUAGGGGCUUUUGCUUAAAAUCCACACUGUUGUAUUGAACUUACAAGCUGUCAACAGAUGUGCCUCUCGUUAUAUCGCACGCACACUAUGGCGAUCAGUUCCAUGCCACAUUGCUUGCUGACUUGUUCAGUGUUGGGUGCCAUGCUGGAAUAGGGGAGGCUUUCCUCUGGCUGGGCUUCUCAACUGCCAGUAGUUGAAAAUGAGAUGCAUAGACAUCUAGUUAUCUGACAUUCACUAUGUCGCAAACGGGUCCUGAACCUGUUGACCAUAUAGGAGGCUUUUCACAGGGUCAAGUCUACAUAUUUUCUUUGUACUUGUUUGACUUGAAUGGGACCCAUAUAUAGAAAUGCUUUGCUCUGGGGCCUUAGACUGCUAUAAAGAUCCCUAGUAUCAUAAUACUGCUGAAAUUGUUUCCACAGCUCUGUUUAGUAAUAGUCAAAGGAAAUUUGCAUUAUGUUGGAUAGAGUGUGCCUAACUAUGGUUGGCUUCAGCAAUAGCUGCACUGACUAUUUUCAGGAAGUUUCAGGAAAGGUAGGGGCAAAUUUCUACUGCGAAAGUCUAUACUGUUUUGAGCAGACUUAAUUGUGAACAACUACAGUAGCUGAAAACAUAAAAACGAAUGUAAAGGCUAGGUAAGUGAAACCCACACAAGGAAGCAAGUGGAGUAGAUGUGGCAAGCCUGCGAAAAAUUUCAGCCUGAACAGGGGGAUACUUAAAAAUGUGUCCAAAUAUUGGCAGUUCUUUUCCCUACCUGAUAUUCAGCUGUAAUACUGCAUUAUUUAAUAUUCUGUUCAAGACAGCUAUCAAAGGGGAAAUGAAGAAAAAGACUUUAAUGAUGUCCACAUGGGAGAGAAGAGCUUAAAGCAGGGGCUGAUGGGAAUCAUGGUCCACAAACAUCUGGUUGGACCCCCCUGGCUUAAAGGAUGCAAAGCUUUUCAUCCAUGGAGCUGUCACACAAUGCAUAGAAUGGGGUGGUAGAAUUCUAAAUGGUACCAUUUCAGGUAUGGUAGGAGAGUAACUUUUGGAUGUUACUCACUUUGUGGUUAACAGAAAGGUUUACUGUAGGUGGACCCCCAUGGAAUAACUUACUUCACAAAGACAGCAUCUUAUAGGAGGAAUCAUUUUUUUAAAGGUGCUUGUAGUUGAAACUUGGACAGUCCUACCACCUCCUUUUCUGAUUAUGGUUAUGAAUCAGAAAGGCAUAAUAUGAAGAAAUGCUUCAGGAGCAGGGAUUCUGUCAAAUCUCUUUUUACAUGUGAAAAUUUGUAAAGGGGGAUGUCUUCAGACUGAUGAGGUCAUUUUUAAGAGGCAUAAAUUGCUUCAUUUUAACGGAGCAAACUAACUACAACAGACUUUAUGCUGCUAUACAGUAUGUUCACUCAGGCCUAUUAAACUUAAUAUUCAUAAAUGGUGAGAUCCUGAAGACGGAUGAAGAAAAGUGAUCCAAAAGGAUGAAAACAGUCAUUGUGAGUAUGGGACAGGAAUUAAUGGAAGUCUCACGGUGCCUCAGUUUUUUCUUAAGUUGCGAAGAUAAUAUUUCCCUACCUCACAGGGGUGUUGUGAGGGUAUCUUCAUUGUAGAAUGUUUUUGAGUUUCCCUGAUGGAAGGUGCUACUGAAGUGCAAAACAUAGCUAUUUGGCAGGUCUGAUGGCUGCUUGUCACAAGCAAACAUUCACCUUUGUCUUCAUUACAGUAUUUUGCUACUAUACAAGGCUUCUCUAUGAAACAUUUAAAUACAUGGAUCAUAUAACAAUGGAUUUUGCAAGAAGGCAUGGUUGAGUUUUUUUCAAUCUUUGUGCAUCCUUUUCUGGUUUUACGUGAUUAACUGUGCAGAUCUAAUUGUAUUAACAAGGUUCUUAGGUUUUUGCAUGAAAAUUACUUAAGACGAACUCAGUUUUUUGUAAACUCCCUGAAUAAAAUAAACUUGCAUUCACACUGUUUAA